UAAAUAGGAACAGGUUUUAUUGGGUAUAAUAAUAUAUUACAAUACUUACACGUUAAUCGUUCCGAGCGUACGAUACAAUUGCAAUGUGAAAAAAUGCCAAAUAUUUAACGAAAUAUAUUAAUUGUGAUAAAUUAUCAGUGUUCACAUGUAUAUUCGUUUCUGCCUGAUGUACGAGUGUGUUCCAAAUUGUGCAAUUGGUGAUUAGUUCCAAAUAGGAGACAUCCAAAUUGUUCCUAGCCGAUUAUCUACACGAUAGGCUUGGAGACGUUCUGAUUUAUAAAAAUAACAAAGAACUCUUACAUCAUCAUCGUCUUUCUAUAGUAGAAAUUGACCUUUUAUAAUAAAUUGGAUAUAAUACGGUAUGCGGUCUAUUUAGCUACAAACAUUAAAUUAAAAUUCUUUAAAUUAUAAAUAUAUCUAUGCUCCUACAUCUAUGUACAUAAAAUAUUGACAAUACAUUAGUUCGAACUGUUGUUUCUCAUAACAUUUAAGUAAACAUAUGUAUAACCAACUUUGGAAUAGAAAGAUGAAUGGUUAUCAAAUAAGACAGAUAAUUCGAAUUAUCGAUAAGAUCAUUGAAUUGAAAGCCUAAGUAAUCCAUUUAUUUCAAGUAGCUAUAUAAUAUUUUACGUUUUCGAUACUCAUAUAGUCGUUUAAUAGUGUUUAAAGCACGACACGUUCGGUGACUUUCAUUUAGGUCAAAAUGUUCAUGUUUGGUCGGCGCGUGUCCUUGGACCUGGCCCUUCUGAUAUGGGGCUGGGGAUCGUGGCUCGGAGUCAACGGUAUCUUUGUGCAAUUGCCGCAGCUCGUCCAAAGAUUGCCUGAACAAUGGGCUCUAGGAUCAUCAGUCACGGUGGCCGUGCAAAUCGCAAACAGCGGUAUUCUCAUCUAUGCCUUUGUAAUGAGAUUUCUGCCGAAGAUCACUGACGCUAUGUUCAUCUACGGAUUGCUGACCGUGGGCACAACGGCUCUCUUCCUUAACGCGUUUCUUUAUACAGAAACUGCAUACGUCGGUUCUACAGAGAAGUCAGUGACGUUUAUAGUUCUUACUGUUUUCACUGCUAUGGUGGGAACAACCAGUUCCGUGGUGUUUUAUCCGUACAUGAGAAACUUCCGUGAAAUGUACCUAUCUACGUACUUGGUUGGCGAGGGCUUCGGUGGGCUGCUACCGGCGAUUCUGUCGCUCAUACAGGGUAUUGGAGGGCCACCAGAAUGCCGACUGUCAUCAGAUGGCAACUCGAUGGAGGCCAUUUACCCGUCUGCCCGUUUUGAUUCAACAGUGUUCUUCUGUAUAGUGGCAUCUUUAUGUGCCACAAGUAUUAUCAGUUUCUUCUUCCUUAACAAUUAUUCUGGUUUUGACGAUGAAAGAGUAUCCCAGGAUGAAAAAAAAGAACUGGCGAAGGAAAACACUGAGAUCGCCGAGGGAUCUCAAAUACAAGUAUCACAAGAGUCUAUGCUGGGGUCGUACUGGAUGGGGUUGUUUAUUCUGAUGGCUGUUAUUAAUAUGUUCUUCAACGGUUUGAUGCCAUCGCUGCAAACAUAUUCCUGUUUGCCGUACGGAAGGCGUGCGUUUCACCUGGCCGUGACUCUGGGUACCAUAGCCAACCCGGUAGCAUGCCUGGCGGGAGUGUGGUUCAAGAUGGCGGGCGGACGUUACAUUGCAGCGAUGUUGGUGACCAGCGCAGGGCUCACUGUCUACAUAACUGUCACCGCCGUCAUGUCGCCUACGCCGCCUCUCUACCAGGAGACUAGUGGUGCUGUGAUUAUUGUAAUCGUAUGGGUGGUUGCCAACGCGCUGAUUUCGUACUCGCGCAUGUGGAUAUAUAGCAAGGCCCGGGAGGGUGGCAUCAAGCCUAUGCGGGUCCUGGGCACUAUUGGCCAACUCGGAUCAGCGCUGGGCUCCUUCACCCUGUUUUGGGUCGUCAACUUUGGCAACUUCUUCGAGCAGGCACAGGAUUGUCCCAUGCCGACAUAACAUUCCAACGUAACGCGAGGAGAUAGAUAAUCUACGUUUAGGCAAUUAUAGGAUUUUAAAGAUCUGUGUACGGAAAUAUAACUAACUAACGUAUAUUUAGGAGAACCACACACCUACUUGGAUAUAUGUUUUAUUGUUACGUAAAAAAGUCAAAUUACACCUUCCAAUUACAUAGAGGUUAUCCACGCUGUGUACCUACAUCAUUUUGCCUGAUAAUGCAUAAAUAACAUUGGUAAUGUUAGUUUUAUGUGAAUUAUAUAUAUUUCAAUAAAUAUAAUACAUGAAUACCAACCUAGACAAUUAUUAUUUAAGUUACAUUUAAGUAAAUCAUAAAAAUAGGCUUUUGACUGUUUAAAAUAUCAAAAAGUAAUUCAAAUGGAAAAAAUCCACGAAAAGUAUACGAUUAGUAUUAAGUAAAAUAAAAUAAAAUUCGUAGUGUUAUUUAAUAAUAUUUUUUUGUACUUUGUACAUUACUUUCCGUAUAUGCUUAUGUGCAAUUUGUACUUGGUAUCUUAGUUACCAAGGUAAAGGUCUAAAUACUGUUAUUAUCUACUUAUGAAGACUACAACUUUAAAA